AUGAAUCUCAUUCUCAUCGUACUUUGUGCCUUGCUGCCUCUCGUGACCGCUGAUGCUGUCAACGACCAGUGCGCCAAGCUGUGCAACGCCAGUGACGUGUGCUGCAUCGCCAAGUGUUAUAAGGUCCCUUGCCCUGAUGCUACUCAGGUCGAAGAAAGCAACAAGUGUGCCGCCGCUUGCCCCCAAGGCAAUGGCAGCACCGGCGAUACGCAGAAGUAUGCCGACUGUCUGCAAAAGUGCUUCGACCAUUACUACAUCGGUACUGAUGGUGUUACUCCUGCGAUCGUGCCUGUUGACACCUCUUCCUCUGGCACCAUUGUCCACAGCACUACUGUUUCUGGCACCACUGUCUCUGGCACCACUAUGACCGUUCCUGGAUUCACUGUCUCUGGAACCACCGAGCAUGACACCACGGUUCAUGGCACCACUGCCUCUGGCACCACUGUGACCGUUCCUGGAGUCAUUGUCUCUGGAACCACCGUGCAUGACACCACGGUUCCUGAAACCACUGUUACGGGCGUCCAUACUACCCAGACUGAUGCCACAGCCCAGUCAGGCAGCAGCAAAGCCACCUCCACUGCUGAUGGAAGCGCCAUCAGCGGAUCAUCCAGCACCAACGCUAACGCUAUGGCUACCCACGUCUCCAACGCGGUCGCAAAUGUCAAUAUGGGUGCUUUGAGCGUCGGGAUCUCCGGUCUGGUGCUCGCCGCUUUGGCUCUGUGA